AUGAGAAUUAGACUUCUGAUUUUAGGACUCAGGCUAUAUAGCGUAUCAGCAGUAGGAAUAGAAGAAAAAGAAAAAAAUCUCAACAUGAUAAAAGAAUCUUUUGAAAGUGCUAUAGAGAGCCAUGCGCAGAUGAAAGAUAGGAUGCAGGUAAUGACUGCAGGUUAUAAGCAGUUAUAUAAAAGUAGAACAUCUGAGUUUUCAAAAUUUGAUGAAAAGUCCAAUAAGAUUGAAAAGAUAGUAUCUGAGAUAGAACAGAAGAUAGAGCAUUGCAGCAGCAUAAAAAGCUCUGGAAAUGCAUUAUCAAAUAGAAACUCUGCAGAGACGGAAGAGUAUACUACAAAUCAAGAAUAUAGUACAGAUGAAGAAUACACUACUGCAGGGGAAGAGGAAUACGUUACAGGAGAUGAGGACGGCAAUGAAAGAAAAAAAAGUAAUCAUCAUGUCCCUUCAAGGGAGAGUAUUGAUUGCAAUGAAAACUUCUUAAAUACUCUGGCUGCAUCUAUUACAAAUUUGGAGAGAGAGCUAUCCCCUUUGAGAAGCACAUAUGUGCAUUACAUGAAGAAGUGCCUGAACUAUAAGUCUACAGAGAAAACCACAUUGUAUAAGAUGUGUCUUGCUGGAUGCCCUUUUGCAGAGACGCUUGUUUACUUUGGCGUUCUGAAGUCUAAAAACGAAUAUUCCAGUUGGCAAGCACAGCCUUCUAAUCUAAACUUUUUAAAGGACGAGUUUAACGGUAGAGUAGAUAUAGCGAGGAUCAGGAAGUUUUGCAAAGAGCUUUGGCAGAAUACUCAAAUCAAAAGGAUGCCUUUAGUAGAGGCUCUAGAUGAAGGAUACUCUACUAUUCUUGGUGGGAUGUUCAAAUCAGAUAGAAUAAGCAAGGAGAAGAUUUGUCAGAUUCUUGAUGACUACAAUGAUAUAUAUGCAGGGCUUCCCAUUGAAAGAGAUAGCCUUUCCUCAACUGAUAUAGUCAACAUACUUGCCUUCAAAGUGCACUUAUCUGGAGUAGACAAGAAGGUAUACUCAGCCUCCAAUCGAUUCUGCAAUGCGAUUAUAAACACAAUUGAGUACAUGAUAAAAACAAACAAUCUGGCGCGCGCGAAGAUUAACAUCAAAAGCAUGGCUGAUCUAUGCCAAAGCCUCAUGCAUGGAAGGGAAUUCAACAAUUCUGCGGAUUCUGCUGUAGACAUUGAGGUGGAGGACUCUAUGUUCAACAAAGUGUGCAAAUUAACUAGAGAUCUACGUAUUAUCGAUGUAUACACCAAUGAGAGUAUCUGUAUGUAUCUUGCAAUGCAUCCUGCCUAUCAUCUGCUUAAAAUCAUCGAUGUUACCACUGAAAAGAUAGAAAGCAAGGAUUCAUACAGAGCAUGUAUAAAGAUAGCCCCUAUUCAUAGUAUACGGAGAAAAUCUACUGCUCGAAUUUCACCAAUGCUAAUGCUAUUGGUAGAUGCACAGUCAAUUGAAUUUACAUCACCUGAAAACACUCCAAAGAACCUGGCUGAUUUAAUUAAACGACUAUCAGAUGGCCUAAAGUUGCCAUAUUGCAGUCAAGUAUAG